CAUCUAUGUGUGACGUGCAACAGUUUUGCCGCGAUAAACGUAACAAACUGAGGAGAACAGACGCGGGUAAAAACAGAAAAUGUAUGAGAGUCUGUGAAUGCCACAAUAACUGGACUGUAAAGGGUUUUAAGUUAUGAAUAAGCAAAAUGGCUGCUCAGACCUACAUUGCCAUAUCUGAGCUUCACCCCAACUUCUCCCACCCGAGAGUGCUAGGCAUCAUUAUUGGGAAAACUGAUGUCAAAAGCUUUCCUGACAGAAAAAACAUUGGUGUGGACAGAUUCACUUUUAGCUUCACCAUUAAGGACUCACAUGACUUCUUCAUUAAUGGGACGGCCUGGGGAAACGAUGGAUACAUCAACGGGCUCUCCAACAGCUUCAACACUGGAGACUGUGUCAUCGUUGAAAACCCUUUAGUUACCAACAAAGACCCAGAGAAAGGGGACAGAUUCUGUCCCACAACACCAAGCCUCUACAGGCUGCUGGUGUCGGAGGCUCAUUCUCAGGUGUCUCUGUGUGAUGACAUCGGCACCAUUGAAAGGCUGCUGCCACUGCUACACCUGCCAGUGAAGGACUCCCGAGAUUUCUACUCUCUGGCAGACAUUGUGGCCAACGGGCAGAAGCUGGAUGGCACAGUGAUAAAUAUACUGGCUGCAGUGAAGUCGAUUGGAGAGCUGAAGCAGUUCACCACCUCAGACAGGCGCAGUGGCCAGAGGCUGGAGGUGAAGCUCUUUGAUGACUCUGUGUCUUCCUUCCCUCUCGUCUGCUGGGACAGAGAAGCCAUUCAGCUUGUGCAAACUCUGAUACCCAAGGAGACUGGUAGGAAACAGCGGCUGCUCAUUCUCAGCCACAAAACAAAUCUUUAUUUAACUUUUAUUCCUGCCUGUCACGUCCCAUUAACACACUGUACAGAAGAGAAACAUGGAGGUGUACAUCUGAGACGUUACUGUGUGUUUAUGUUUAAGAUAGCUUACUGUUGUUUUAACUUCUAUUCUUCAUUCAAAGUGCUCUUCAUAGCUGAUGCAAAGAUUAGCUUUGACAGCUUUCGCAGCGGCAUGACGGCAUCCGUCAACUCGAAAACCAUUAUCACCGUCAAUCCUGACACCAGAGAGGCCAGUCUGCUGUUCAGCUAUGCUAAAGAAGUAUCAGAGUCGGGUGCUCUGGAUCAAGAUGAGAAGCCAGAAGACAUGCCUGUGGACUCCAUCACUGACGUGUACACGGUGAGCCAGCUGAAGCAGAAGGCCCAGGAGAAUCCUGAGCCUUUCUUUGGCAUCACAUACAGCUUCAUCUCCAGGCUGGACCUCGACUCGUCUGUUUCAAAAGUCAUCAAGGCGCGGUGCUCCAGGUGUAAGUUUCAGGUGACUGAGGACGCACAGAGCUGCACCAACCUGCUGUGUCCAGGGAGGGAUCAGGCUCUUUUAGCCACCACAGGCUUCGACCUGCUGGUGGACUUUACAGACCACACCGGCACCCUGCAUGCCUGCAGCCUCCGGAGCCCAGUGGCAGAAAAGACACUUGGCUGUACGACCCAAGAGUUUACCAGUUUGACUGAUGAUGAGCGGACCGCCAUGAAGUGGAAAUUUCUUUUGGAGAGAUGCAAAAUAUAUGUGAAGAUACUCCCUUCCACCAAACUGAGGAGUGGGACCAGGGGGUUGGUCCUGGACUGCUCGGUGGCUGAUCCAGGAGAGGUGAAGCAGCACAUGUCUGCCCUGCUGCAGCGGCUGUGAUCACAACACACACACAAACAGAGCAGGAAGCAUGUUUGUUGCAAUUGGCUGCUUUACCUGCUGGUUCUUUUCUGAUUGAGAUGUUAACAAGGGCAGUAGUCAUGU